AUGAGUUUGGCUGAAAUUGCGUCGAAACAGGAGAAUUUGGAAUUGCUCGCCGAGGGAAAAACCAAGCAAAUUUUUGGGAUUAAAGGAGAGAAAGACUAUGUCUUAAUUCGUUCCAAAGACAGUCUUACGGCAUUCAACGCUGAGCGCAAAAACGAGCUGGAGGGAAAAUCAAAAAUCGCUAGCAAAACGACUACAAACGUUUUUGAAUAUCUUCAACUCCUGGGACUCCCCACACAUUUUGAACAAGCCGUCUCAGACACCGAAUUCAUUGCCCGUAAAUGCACAAUGAUCCCGAUUGAAUGGGUGGCCAGACGUGUGGCCACUGGAUCAUUCUUAAAAAGAAAUCCAGGUGUUAAGGAAGGAUUCAGAUUCGCCGAUUUGAAAUUGGAGACGUUUUUCAAGGACGACGCUAAUGACGAUCCACAAUGGAGUGAUGAGCAAAUCGUGUCGAAUGGAUUGAUGAUUGAUCAUUUGAGAAUCGGAAGAGAGGAGAUUUCGUUGAUGAAGAAGAUGACGAAAUUGGUGUUUAGAGUACUGGAGAAGGCGUGGGCACUGGAGAAUAGUGCAUUGAUUGAUAUGAAGAUUGAAUUCGGUGUGACAGUUGAGGGAGAGAUUCUGUUGGCUGACGUCAUCGACAAUGAUUCAUGGAGAGUUUGGCCGGAGAAUGACAGACGUCUUCAGUUGGAUAAACAGGUGUAUCGUGAUAUGAAGGAAGUGACUGCCGAGGGACUACAGUUGGUUUUCAAAAAUUAUACAAAGGUAAUGGACAUCACCUCAAGCUUCUCAAAACCCCGUCAAAAUUGCCAUGUCCUCGUAAUCAUGGGAUCUGGAUCCGAUGGAGUGUUCGCAAGAAAAAUCUCGGAUGCCGCCAAGGGUUUUGGAUUGGAGACCACUUUGAAAGUAAGCUCCGCCCACAAGACCACUUCGGACACUUUGGAAGUGUUGGCGGAGUUUGAGGAGAGUGGAGUGCCUACAGUGGUGAUCGCCGUGGCUGGAAGAUCCAAUGGUUUGGGACCAGUCAUUGCUGGAAACUCGUCUUUACCGGUCAUCAACUGCCCACCACCCAGUGAAUCGAUGAGUCUAGACAUCUGGAGCUCUCUCCGUAUACCAAAUGGAAUCGGAUGCACCACAGUGCUCGACCCAUCCGAGGCUGCAUUGGCUGCUGCCAAAAUUCUGGCCACCCACAAUCAUAUCGUGUUUGGAAAAGUGCUCACAGCUCAACUCAAGAACCAAAUCAAUAUUUAUAACGCCAAUCGCAAGUUGGAAUAG